AUGGUUCCCCCUGACUCCCCACAGAGCUCCAAGCCCAGCCGUCCGACUUCACUCACCACAUACCUCGCAAAUUUUCCGGGCAAGUGCAGCCCAUCUCGCUACAAGUCGCUCUACUCGGAAUUCGACAAGCUCAAGGAGACCAACCCUUUCGGAUACGAGGCCAACGUUGGUUGGUGGCAGACAGCCAUCCUUGGAGCGGCACGAAACGGACUCUUAUCUGCCUACCUUCCCCAUGACGACUCAUUCCUCUACACGAUAUCACCUUAUACACAUAAUUCCGGGCAAGCAGACAGCGGCGGUGGAACUUCUAGAGCCAAACCACGGUAUGAGCCCACAGGGGCCGCUAUCGGAAUCUUGGAGCUAGAGCUGGACCACCUUGCAACAAAGUUUUACAGGAGAGAUGAAAAGCGACCUCAAUCUCUUCCGACAGUCCUAAGCGAGAUGACCAGGAUGGGUGUUAUCAUACCACGAUCCGAGUUUCUACCUUGGGCUGGUGUGGGCUGGACAGGGUGGAUAUUUCACAAGGUCGUCAAGGCACCCCUGCUCUGGAGUCUCAAGCAAUUGAGUCUGUCAGAUUCCAACACCCCGCCGCCGGGAUAUUCGGCAUCCCCUACACUGGCCUCUACAGGGGUAGCAUCCAAUGGAAAUCUAGGCCUAGGCAGAAUAGGGGCUAGUUCUGGGGGAGCUAAUUCAGGAUUGGGAUUGGGGUUGACACCCUCGAGCUCACCCUCAACCGGAUAUCGGGACACAUUUGUGAUCAUUUCCUUUGUUCAGGAGGCCGCUGCGCGCAUCCACAAGAUCCAACAAGAGUCCGUCAACUAUCCCGCCUCCGACAACCUAAUGACCUUUGCUGACUUUCGACAAAAGUUUUCAAGGACGGCAUUACUGCCUCUCCGAACCAGGAGUUCAUUGUCAAAUGAUGGGGCUGUCGCAGGCGCCGGACCAACGAUUGUUUUGACGGACAGGGAUCUCGAGAUAUUGAUUCGCUACAUGCAAUAUGAGCUGAAGGUGCUUGUUACCGGGAAGUUGGACGAGAGCAAGCAGGCCAACGAACUCCAGGAUCACGAGCUGGUUAUCAAGUUUGCCAACAAGGAGACCAUUCGGGACAAGGCAAAGCAGGAGAUUACGAAAACAGACCGCGGCAUCAUUGAGCUACGCGAGACUAUUGGGCGGCUUGAGAAGCAGGUUCAGGACAUUGAGGAUCGUAUUGCCGAGUUAACAGAGAAAGCAAAGGCGUGUCUCAAGAAGAGCCAGCGUUCACAAGCUACAUAUGCCUUGCGUCAACGAAAGCAUCUUGACGAAGUGCUUAACAAACGGCUCAAGUCUAUCGACACGAUUUCGUCCAUCUUUUUCAGGAUUCAGUCGUCAGAAACGGAUGCAGAGCUCCUUCAAUCCUACAAACUGGGCGCCAACACUCUUGCCUCUGUCAUGGCGACCAAGGAUGAGAACGGUCAGGAAAUGCUGACCAGGGACAAUGUGGACGCUACGAUGGACCGCUUGGCUGAUGUGUUUGCAGAUCAGCAGGAGGUGGAUCAGGCAAUGAACGAUGGCGCGAGCUUGCUGAUAGAGACUACCCACACUGGCGAUGACGACGAAGAUGCGCUGAUGGCUGAGCUGGAAGCAAUGGCAGAGGCAGAGUCGACAUCUAUAUACGCCCCUUCGACUGUCAAGGCAACGUCGCCUCCGAAGAAGCACGCCAGCCCCGAGAGACCUUUGGCAAUCAAAAAAACGACUCCACCACUACCAACCGACCCUUUUGUUUCACAGUCCUACGGUCCUACACCAACAACCCCAGGAAAACGUGUCGCCGAGAUACCCGUACAGGCCUAUGUCAAGCAGAGAAAGGUCAGCCAGGCGACAAUCCACCCACCACAAUUGAUAGGCGAGGGGCGUCAGGCGGGCGACAUGUCGAGCAGCUUGGUAUCUCCACAUGAGGCAUCAGAGCAGGCGCAACCCAUGGCCACGGAUUCUUUACCAGAUAUGCACACUACCGCGCCAAUGGAUACUGAAAGAACCGUUUCGGAGCCAACGGGACAGGAGAUCAAGAGCCAAUCAAAGCAGAGUUCUUGUGAGGAUGAGAUAGAGGACGACGCAUCGAACCAGGAAAACUUGAUGAAUGAGCUUCAGGAUAUCCAUGUACCAGAAGACGACAUUCCUAUGAAGUCCGCUUCACACAGGGACGAGUCUGUAGAACUCUCAGGAAGCGAAACUGAAGAUACUGUGGAGGAGGAGAAGAAGAGGGCGAACACGACACGUAAGGAGACCAAGAUGAUGGAGCAUGCAUGA